AUGGGAAUUGUAUUUAGUAACUUAUGGAGUCGUCUAUUCUCAAAGGCACCAGUCAAGAUAAUCAUCGUAGGCUUAGAUAAUGCUGGUAAAACAACAAUUUUAUAUAAACUCUUGAUGAAUCAAGUGGUUACGACAACACCUACCAUUGGAAGCAAUGUAGAAGAAGUAGAAUAUAAAAACCUUAAAUUCUUAAUGUGGGACAUUGGAGGACAAGAAUCACUGCGAAGUACUUGGAAAACAUAUUAUAUAGAUACAAAGGCAGUCAUCAUGGUCAUUGAUAGUACAGAUCUAAAUCGACUUCAUCUAGCCGAACAAGAAUUACACCAAAUGAUGGAAAGUGACCAAUUACAAAACGCUAGUUUGCUUGUAUUUGCAAAUAAGCAGGAUGUUAAAGGGGCUUUAGGCGCCGCAAAAAUCUCAGAGGCACUGGGUUUAAGCAGAUUGAAAGAUAGACAAUGGCAUAUUCAGGCAUGUUCUGCCUUGUCAGGAGAAGGACUAUACGAAGGAUUAGAUUGGGUUGUACUUCAACUAAGUGGUUCAUAA